GAGUCUGAUUUAACAUUCCAGCUUCCAUGGACGAGUGGGCCUCCGAGGAAGGCACGAGCAGUGGCAGGCCACAGACUGCAAAGGCCUCACUACGUCCCCCCCAACCAAGAUACUUCCCUGAGGUUUCUACUGAAGUCUUUGCUGGCGAAUAUGGUUUUGAGUUGGCACUCCAGGAGCUGCAGACAGACAGGCCCAAUAUGUACAUGUACUCACAGAUUCUGAACAGGCUGUAUUGUCGGAAAGGCAAGCCUUGCCCCAUCCCCAUGAAGGUGUCCAGCUCACCACCUCCUGGCUCCAUCAUCCGUGCCGUGACUACGUAUGAGAGUCGUGUAGCUGCUGCAAUUAAAUCUCCACUGGAAGGCAGAACUCGCGUGGACCCCCCUGACCACCCGAUCCAGGUGGAAGGGAAUCAACAUGUCCAGUACUUCUCUGACAAGGAGACUUUGCGCGACAGCGUCACCAUCACUUAUGAAAGACCUGAGGUAGGAUCAGCAUAUACCACCAUCCUGUACAAAUUCAUACACACGAGGAGUCCUGUUUUGAUCGUGAUCACUCUACAAUCCCUAAAGUGA